UUUGCCACCAACAACACAUUGCAAUAUCCAAAUACUAAAAUGUUACUAAUCUGAUAGUUGCAGAAUAUUUUCAAAUGACUUCGAAAGGGAAAAAUAAAAAGCGCGGUAGUAAAGAUUCUACUGCAAGUAACAAUGAUGCGGGCGGUGAGGGCGAAGAGAAGAAAAAGAAGGAAGGUGGCAAAAAGAAAGGAGGUGGUGGCAAAUCUUUAGGAUGUGAUAUUUUUAAUGAUGCAGCCAUGGAAAAUGCCUAUUAUGUGUGUCAUAAUGUGCAGGAUGUGCUAAAAUCUCGAGGCUUUGCUUGGCCAGAUGGCCAAAAGAAAAAGAAAAAGGGGAAGCGUUAAAUGCUUAAACGUAACCAGCCAGCCAGCCAGAAGUCUAGAAGAAACUGCCAAGUCACAUCACUUUUCUAUUAAUACGUCACUACCAUGUACGCCUACGUAUCGUUGACUGCAUUACGAAUUGGCCGCUGUGAUGAUUAGUUUGUUGGCAGAAGCUGUUUUUAUUAUUUUGUUUCUUAUAAAUAAAUACCAUAAAUAAUUGGACUAUUUUUAAAACACA